AUGCUCGACGUUACAUCACUCGUGCAGCAAAUGCGCGACACCCUCUCAGAAAUCCACGACACGAUAACUUCGCUCGAUACCAAGGGGCAUGAUGAGAAGCUAGACGCCCUCGAGUCACAGCGGGACGAGUUUUUCCGUCAAUUGCAUUCCGCAUUCGAAAAGGAGUCUGCUGAGUUGAAUCAGCGUCGCGAGGCUGAGCGCGACGAAAUUGCCGAACAGCGCCGGAAAGAAGACGAGGAGAUAGCAGCUCGUCGUAAGAGGGAAGACGAAGAAAAGGCAGCUAGGAAUCAUGACCAAGAUGUCGGGAGAGAGCAGAAGCUCGAGAGCGAGAAGGUCGGCGUGGAACAGGAAACCGAUGUCAAGAUGGAUCAUAUUGAAGAGGAGGCGAGACAGAUGCUAGAUGAGGGCCACAAGAAACUUAGGGACUUGGAAGAAAGACGAAGAGAAAUCAACCGCAUGAUCGACGAACAAAUGAAAGCACCCUUGCCGCCUCCGCCAACACGGAGAGCCAGGCGCGGUACCAGAGCCUCACAAAGUGGACUCCCUGACCAGAAUGAAAGGAAUCAGCCACGAGAGGGUGGGAAUCCGUCUGAAACCCAGCCGCAGCUGGAAGCUGGGACGCAUGGGUCCCGUGACCAGGGAACUGAGGAAAGCAAACCGGAGCAAGUUGCACAGGCAGAUACAAAGCAAGCUGAGCCACAACAAGAGUCAACUAGCCCAGAACAAGCAUCGGUCGAAGAUGAGUCGAAAUCUCGAGACCAUCCGCCAGACCCCAGUGCUGGACCUGUGAGUCUACACGAGAGCCCCAUUGACAAACCAGCUGGCCACGAGGAUCAAGGUGAAUUGCAAGAAGCCGUGUCAGAGUCUCAACCUUUGAGCGGUGCCGACAAAACAUCUAGCGAAUCUGUAACACAACAUGGCGCUCCCGCCGCUCAACAAACCACUGCUGGUGCUGAAGAAGAGAGCUCCAAUCGAGCCGCAGAACAGGCAGCGGCACCAAGUGAGAAAAGCGAGCAAACAAGACAAGCAACCACGGACAGCGUGCAUGACGAUAUGGGUAACUCUAGUGGAGAGAAAUCCGCCCAGGAUGGACCCGCGAUCGAAAAUCUUGAUGUCAAAGACAGAAGCCUAGAUAGUGGCGAUACACAGAAGGACUCGCAAGUUCACGAUGCGGAUGCCCCGAUGUCAACACCGUCUGAAAGCCAAGGCCAACCUUCGGGAGCAGACACCGAACAAGCACCCAGUAAUUUCGAAGAAGCCAACCUGAGCAUGGAGCGACAAGCUGAUCACCACGACCAGGAAGGCCUAGAAACUCCGGAAGUUUCUGAUUCGCCUAGGGAACUGACCGGGAGCGAAGUUCCCACUACCGACAUGUCGGCUCAUGAGGAGGCUCCGAGCCAAAGUCAAUCUCAGCCCACAAAUGACGACCUGAGGGCAACAGAACGCUCGGCUGAGCAGGAGGAACCCAAGAGCACCAACAAUGACGACUUGUUCCUUGGGGUUACCAAGGGUGGUGCUGCGGAGGAAUACGUCAAGAUGGCGGAAGCUGAUUCUGAUCAGGAGCCACGGCUAGGAGGGACGUCCUCCACGUUAGAGCAGCACUCAUCGAGUGUGAAUGACCAUCCAGUCGGACAGCAACAUGAAGAGUCCGACCACGGUGCCCAGCAGCCUGAACCAGCCCGUCGGGGCACUUCGACAGUCGACCAAGAGAGCCCAAGAGACACCAGCCAGGCGCAAGCUGUUGAAGAGCCGUCAGCCACAUCUGGACUAGCUGAUUCCGUCGAGCACAAGGCAGACCCCUGGGCCGAAAGCGAACAAGAAAGGGAUCGAUUGCAAAGCAGAGAAGCAAAUAGUUCUAAUUACGAUGCGGAGGCAAGUCAUACCGAACCUGCGGAUGGACUCCGUGACGAGCCUACAGAGAACUCAGAGCAUCAAUUGCGGAAUGACCAUGACCAACCCGCGUUAGGCGAGUUGCAAGAUGUGGGCGCUUCUCGAAACAUGGAGAUCGGACACAAGGAGCCCUCUGCGUUUCCUCAAGAUAGCCCAGCGACCCGCGACGUGGAAUCACCAAAUCGGGAUCAAUUGCAUGAGACCGGGCUCGUAGAGCACUCACAGAGCCGGGAUGUCCCAACGGAGUCCGUCUCUCAAACCAGGGACGUCGAGGUGGCUCAGGAUCAGGGAGCUGGCUUGAACAGAAUCAGCGCAGAUGAGCCAUCAGUUCCAGAGGAAGACGUUGGCGAUGCCAAGGAUCACCCUCAGCCAGCUGAAAGUGAGCAGGCACUCCAUGGCAGUGAACAGCAUGACCGCCCUCUGGAAUCCACGCAUGGCGAACAAGAGCAACCGAAGAUCGACGCGGCAGUACAAUUUGAGCAGAGUGAGCUUGGUCAUCAGGAAUCAACUAACUCAGAGCAAGAUGGUUCAGGCAUAUCCAGUCAUGGCGGUCAGGUCGGUACGGAACCUGACCAUAAUGAAGAAAAUGCAGACUCUACUUUUCAUGAACAAAUGAAUGAGAGUCAUGAUGAGUCUCAGGCCUCCAAGGACCAGACGAAGAAGAUCAAGGAAGAGGAAGUAGCACAACCAAGCCCGAAUGGUACUCCCAGUAUUGAGGAGCCUAAGGAUAUCCAAGAUACGUCCCUCGAGCAAGCACAAGACCCAGAAGUCGGCGACAAACGAAGCGAUUCAGGCUACGAGACCGGUAUGGCUAGCAGUCGAAACCUCGAGGACUCCACAGCUACGCUACAUGAGGCUCAGCAUGAGCACCAGUCCACUGAAGGCUCUGAGCCUCCCCUUGCGGAGUCGUCUCCCCAGAGCCAUCAAGAGAGUCCAAGGGAGCCGCGGUCCGAGCAAAUUCUCGAGGGUUCGGGAAAAGACGUCUCUCCUCCCAGACUGGGAGGAGAACCUCAAGGCUCAGACGGCCAUCCAGCAGAAGAGACUUUCGAUCUUUCUGGCAGUGAGCCCAUACCUGGCACCAUGACGCAUGGGAAAGACGAGUCUGAAUUCAAUAGAAAAGAUCUUGCUAGCGACGAUGUCGGGUCGCGAAACGUCAGCCAGCAGCAGCCAGCUGACGACACUGAGAGCGGCGCGGUCACGAGUCACCCAGAAGGCAUUGGAAGCAUUGAUAAGACUCACGAGAAGCAAGAAAUGGAGGGCUCCCUCACCCAAGCGGGCUCACAAGAUUCUAAUGACGGUCAGACGCAAACGGAUCAUCAACCGAUAGCCCGUGAUGUGGAGGACACAGUGCUGGACGAUUGGAGCAGUCAAGAAGCGGAACGACAGCCCCAGCUGGAGAUUUCUGAGACAAAGUCUGAGGCACCUACUCGAGACGCCGCCGAAGCACAAAAACAGGAUUCCCAAGGUGAUAUCGAAGGCAACACAGAACCUUCUGUCACUGCCAAGCCCCAAGAUCAGGGAUCGGCGCCCGACGACAGUCAAGUUGAGCAAUCACACUCAGUGGACGACGUCGAAAGCACGAUGAGCCGCGGUUUAGAUGAGCCCCAGCAGGAUAUACUCGUUGGCGGUGAUGCUGCUAGUAUCCCUGAUUCUUCAGAGCACGUACAAGAGCCAAGCCAGUUGUCUCAAUCACCGGCUACUCAUAAUUUCAGCUCAGACGGAUUCGGACCUUGGAGUAGUCAAGCCUUCAAUGGACCGGCACACGAUAGUGAAAUCAGCUUCAAAAAGAGAGCGGAUUCUGUCCAAGUUGGUCAGCCACAUGGAUCCACAGACCGGGGCGCCGAACUGCCCUUUAUCAGCACAGAAGGUCCACACGAAGACCCCGAUGAAGGCUUAUUUGCCGUGCCUCCCACGCCGCGCCACGAAGCGGACCAGAACAAACCUUCGCAAUUUCAGGGCGACGGCGAAUCCAAGCCAACCAGUCGGGCUAGCAGCCGGGAUGGGUCCUCAACUGGAGCGGAUACGUUGUCGCCCCAAGCCGCGGAGGGGCUUCGAGAUUCGUAUCGCCAGGGAAGUGAUCGAGAAUUGCCUCUAGGGACUUCUGUACCCAAUGAAGACACACACCACGACGUUUCUCCCGGCCUCGACAACGGGAGUCAGGCCAGCCCAGAUGUCCUCGAAAUGUCCAAGGGUCCUGAAGAGAGGCGAGUCAGGUCUGAAGUCCAUCUAGACGAGUCGUCAAACCACAGCGACCUGGACCGAGGGCAGCCGGAUGAACUAUCAACCACAGGAAUUGGAAGUGUGCAUGGCCAAUCUUUAGCUGGCAAUGAUGACGAACAGCAAGGCCAGCAACAUGCUGUCAAAUCAUCCACAAACGCCGUAAAAGGUUCGAUUGGGAGUGAGAGGAAUUUGAACGAGUUUGUGGAAGACGAGACACCCUCUUCAGAUAAGCACAUUAGCGAUUCACCGAGCAUGCAAGAUUCCAACAGAGAUCAAAUCGGAGAGACUCAAGAUGGUGAAGAUGACCAGCCUCGUGAAAUUAGUGGCGAGCACGACUUGGAGCCAUCUCGGUCGCAAAAGAAGCAUGAUCUCAAGCAGGAAGGCUUGGACCCAAGCAAACCCGAACGACAGACCAUGGAUUCUUCAAAUGAUGAUAAUCAACAAGAAGGAGGCCAUGGUGGUCUCAACUCUCUCGAGAUAAACAAGCAACCGGUCUUUGGCCAAAGUGAAGCAGAGAAUGGCGAGAAGGACUCUGACAGGAUUGGUGAAGACAGUCAAGUCCAACAAGUCAGUGACGGCGGCGGAAAUUCUCCUGAAUCUGAGGACACUGAAAAUCAAACCUUCCGGAACAUUUCACCCGAAGACGCCAAGCCGGCCGGUAGUCAAGACAGGAACGAUCAGAUUGCCAAUCCACCACAGUUGGAUCAAGGUGGUACGCAACAGCUCGAGUCUGGCCAUGGACCAGAAGUAGACGAACUUGAUCACGGUCACACAGAUGUCGACCAAGCCGCAACCCAUCAGGCCUCCCCCCAUCACUCGAGUCAGUAUUUGGACGCCCAGCAGGCCAACUAUGAUGGGGAAGGAUACGGCGUGACUCCUUCCAGCGAAUACAGUAAUGACCCCUAUACAGACUUGGCGUCUCGGGAGAAGGAUGACCUGCACCCCGCCGACGACACUGUUGACACCCGCCAACCCAACACAACCCCCUAUGACUUACCAAAAUCGACGCAUGUCACCCAUGGCGAUGACCAAGUGGAUAGCGACUCGGAAACAUUUGAGACGCCACUUGAAUCCGCCGACUUUCGAAAGGCCGAGUCAGACAAUAGAGCUGCAAUACCUGGUCAUUUCACGCAGGCACUCGGCCAUCUUCCGGAUGAAAGUGCACAUACUGUUCAAGGAACUGACGACCUCUUUGACGACACUGACGAUACCGAAGAUCAGGAUGACUAUGGUGAAGCUGUUGUCUACCAGCAUUCUAACGAUCUUGCUGACAACUCCCGGGAUGCAGAGAAGACGGUUUAUUCGACACAGGGCGACGAAAACAACACUGCCUUAGGUGGCCAUCGCUCCUCGCUUAGUCUGGGCAGCACCGGUCACCGGUCGCAAGGCAGCAUCAGCAGCAUGCGUGACACAACUCCCGUGCGUCCCACAUUUGGGUCCUACAUCGGAGGGCCGAACGUUGUUCGUGCGGAUUGGGCUGCCGAGCAUGAGGACGAGUUGCGUCCAUCAUCUCUGAACCCCACGCCGCAGCUGGGGCCAUCAACUACGCACGACACCCCUGAGAUCAGUCCGUUCGCACUGCGAAGCACACAGAUGCCCGGACACGCAGGUGACGCGAAGGGCCUGAGUUCUAGUAGAUGGAACCCAGAGCGGCCGCAGACUCCAAAUUCUGGGACGCCACACAGCAACAACCCGUUUGCGACGCCACAACGCCAGGCGCAGGCCGACCCAGGUGUUGACCUCUCCUUGUUUGUGCCACGCGACGUCACACACGGUCGCCAGGACUCUAUUCCAGCGUCCUUGCACAGCCAGACCACGCUUGACUCAUCAUGGUCGUCACCGGUGCACUCAUCCCUCCCUGUCGAUAGGCACGAGCCUGUCAUCCGUGACAGCUGGCCCACACCCGCACCCGGCUAUCAGCAUUACCUCUCGAGCUGGAGUUCUCGUCCACGCGGGGAUACCACGAGCACCGCCGCUGAGUACGACCCCUUUCGACCCGACAAUGGCGGCGGCGACGGCGGUCACGGCGCCGCCAAAUCUUCCUCAAGCUACAACCCGUUCCUUCAACGCGGACGCGCUGAGUCAUCAGUCAGUGCUGCUCCCAGCAAUCCAAGUGUUAAUAGCAGCCCAAGUCGCGGCAGUGCGUUGUUCGCCAAGAUGAGGAACAUUUUUGAGAACCAGAACUCGAAUGGCGGUAGCGAUGCCCCUGCAAGCCCAGGCAGGACGCGCCCUGUCUCAGGAGUCUUUCACCCCGCCAUUCCUGCGCAGAAAAGCUCCCAAGGCAACCUCACGGGCCAGCGCGAUGACGAGCGCGGUGGCUUCCUGAAUGAAGCGGAUCAUGAAAUUGACGAGCGUAGUGCAUUCCUGAGGAGCGACGGGCAGCCAUCGGGCCACAAUACGUACAAUGACGAGCAUUGA